AUGAAACCAGACCUAACUUUGGUGCCUUUUCACAAACCACAACAUCGACGUGAAUCACAGCAGACACUAAGCUGGUCCUCAGUCUCGGCUGCCCGUGUGCUUGUGCAGUGA